GAAAGGAGGUUCAGUGAAAGCUUUCGGAACAUUCGUUUUGAGGGAGAAGAGUGAAAAACCCGAGGACAUUCAUCAAUGGCGAAACAUGAAGAAUCGGCUGUCCCGAUAUUCUCGUCUCUCGAUCCUGUUUACGGCGAAGGAUCUCACCUCGCUGAAGCCCAGCGUCGUUUCGAUGUUCUGAAGGCCAAGUUCAAUGAGGUCUUCGGUGAUUCUCCCCAGGUUUUUGCUCGCUCUCCAGGGAGAGUGAAUCUGAUCGGAGAGCACAUUGACUACGAAGGAUACUCGGUGCUGCCAAUGGCCAUUAGGCAGGAUACGAUUAUAGCCAUACGCAAACGCGAGACACAAGAGGGUCAACAUCAGCUCCGGAUUGCAAAUGUUAAUGAAAAGUACUCCAUGUGCACUUAUCCCGCUGAUCCUGACCAGGAGAUUGACUUAAAGAAUCACAAAUGGGGUCAUUACUUCAUUUGUGGCUACAAAGGGUUCCAUGAAUAUGCGAAGUCAAAAGGCGUGGAUCUUGGUUCUCCAGUUGGACUUGAUGUCCUCGUCGAUGGAAUAGUUCCUACGGGUUCUGGCCUAUCAAGCUCUGCUGCAUUUGUUUGUUCAUCAACAAUUGCUAUAAUGGCUGUGUUUAGUCAGAACUUUGCGAAGAAAGAACUUGCCCAACUUACUUGUGAAUGUGAGCGACACAUCGGAACACAGUCUGGGGGAAUGGACCAGGCAAUCUCCGUAAUGGCUAAAAAUGGCUUUGCUGAGCUUAUUGACUUCAAUCCUGUUCGAGCAACUGAUGUGAAGCUCCCUGAUGGAGGGAGCUUUGUAAUAGCUCAUUCCCUGGCAGAAUCUCAAAAGGCAGUCACUGCUGCUACAAAUUACAACAACCGAGUUGUUGAAUGCCGACUUGCUUCUAUCAUAUUAGGUAUAAAACUUGGAAUGGAACCGAAGGAAGCAGUAACGAAAGUGAAGACUCUUUCUGAUGUGGAAGGAUUAUGUGUGUCAUUCGCCGGUGAUCGUGGCUCGUCUGAUCCUGUUCUUGCUGUUAAGGAAUUUUUGAAGGAAGAACCAUAUACUGCUGAGGAGAUCGAGAAAAUCAUUGAGGAGAAACUGCCAUCAGUCUUGGGCAAUGAUCCAACUUCUUUAGCUGUACUUAACGCUGCCAAGCAUUUCAAAUUGCAUCAGAGAGCUGCACACGUGUAUUCUGAAGCUCGAAGAGUACACGCUUUCAAGGACACCGUGUAUUCAACACUAAGCGAUGAAGACAAGUUAAAGAAACUCGGUGAUCUCAUGAACGAAAGCCAUUACAGCUGCAGCGUAUUAUAUGAAUGCAGUUGCCCGGAACUGGAAGAACUGGUGAAUGUAUGCAGAGAAAAUGGAGCUCUCGGGGCAAGGCUGACUGGAGCUGGAUGGGGCGGUUGCGCUGUUGCUCUUGUGAAAGAGCCCUCUGCUUCUCGGUUCAUCACCUCCGUGAAGGAGGAGUUCUAUGGGAAGAGGGUAGAGAAAGGUGUGGUGAAGGAGGAAGACAUGGAGCAGUAUCUCUUUGCCUCCAAGCCUUCAAGUGGGGCUGCCAUCUUCAAGUUUUAACUCUCUCUGUCUCUCUUUCAUCUUUCUUCUCUUUCAUCCUUCACUGCCAUCAACAAAAGGUGUAUGUACGGUCCUUCUCCUCUUGUUGACUGAUAAGGAUGUCUUUUUUUCCCCUUUUCUUUGCUCAUUUAUUUGUCUUUGGAACCCUAUUUAAGUGGAUCUUUGUGCAUUGAAUAAAACCAUAUUGAACCCGAGACCUAA